CUCGAAACGAAAAAGCCACUUUCUUGACUUGCAUCGAACAUUCUGUCUGUGUUCGGUCUAAACUUUUAUUGUUUGCACACACAACAAAUCCUGUUCAUUCGCUAUUUUGGUUUCAACUGGAAAACACUUGUCCAAAUUAUUAAAUAAGGAAAGAAAUCGCAUCAGCCAUUGUCAUCUUACGUGACGCUCGUAUACGACUCAUUUUCUGUUCACCCGAAAAAGAAAAAAUAAUUUGCAAUAAUGCGCAAAAACCGUAAUUCAGACGUUGUGACAAGCAGUCACCAUGAUUCCGAGGAAGAGGAAUCCGUAGAGGAUUUUGAUGAUGAUGACGAUUAUAAGCCGGAAAAAAAAAAGGGGGCCGCUGCGAAGGGAAAGCGAAAGUCAACGGCAGCCUCGCCGAAAGGUCGCGGCAAAAAAUCCAAGAAGGAAGAAUCUGAAGAAGAAUCAGAAGAUGAAGAGGACGAGGAAGACGAAGAAGAUGAAUCCGAAGAAGAAGAAUCGGACGAAGAAGGUAGCGGAAAAGGCAAAAAGACGGGUUCUGCUAAGAAGUCGCGAGCAUCGGUUGGAAAAAAUCAACCCGACAAAGACGGUAACAUGCAGCUGUACCUCUUCAAAAACGACCUAACGAAGGAAUUCAGAACGGACGAAAAAUUGUGUAUGUGGCGUCGAGACGGUGCCAGCCUGUUGCAGAAGUAUAUGGUUAUCACAGAUGAAUCGGAAAAUAGCGAUAUCAUUUUCAAGGCAUCAUCCGUAUACUCCUGUUGGGAAGAAAAGCGGAAGAACGACUUUUUCGAAAUCAAAGUCCAGUUAGUCGGUGACAAAAAGGAAGGAAAGGUCAAAGUCGUCGAUGUGCAAGAAUUCGAACGCUAUGCGGUUGAAGAUCGCCCAAAGGUGGAUAUCACACCGAAAGGGGCUGAAGGUGGUGAAAACUACGAGGAAGGUUCCGAUGAUGAAUUUGACGAGAACGAAGAAGAGGACGAAUAGAUGAUAAUCUUCGGGCUGGAUGCAUGGAGCAUCACGACGAUUACAAUGAUCAUAAUAUAAAUGUUAAUUUCAUUAACCAUUCAUUAUUCAUUUAAAAGAAAAAAAACAAACAAACAAAACAUUUGAAAAUAAAAUUACCUUUACAAAGAAAUAAGACGAAAACUUGAAUAAAAAAAAAUACCACGUUGAAAAGUA